CGUUGCUGACACAGGCGCUGGGUCACCUGACUGCUGGCGGCCAGCACCCAGGAGCCUUGGCGCCCUCAGAUGCCAGUUCAGAUUCCAGGCCCAGUUAACUGUGUGGCAUGUGACUCGAGCCGGGAGGAGAAGGAAGGAAAGUAUGGACCUGAGAGGAGGCAGGCCUGCAGCCAGCAGCCUCUCUUGGCUUUCCGGGGUGUCUUUCCAAGCCCGUAGCUUUUGCUCAUCAGCAUUGACUUCCGAGGAGGGAAAUACGUAGUUGACCACACUUGGCCAUUUCCCAGAAGAGCCUCAUCCUGAGAGUGAGUGACUGAUGGGGAGCUGUUUCUACUGACAACAUUCCCUGGGGGUGCCCAGGUGUCACCACGGCCCAGGGCUGCCCUCCUGAAGAUGGCUCGUGCCUACCCUGGGAUGCAGCCCAGUGCCUGAGGUCCUUACCAUGGUGAUGAUCCUAAGGAGAAGCCUCGCCAACCAGGGAGCCGACUCCAUAGCAUGUAGGACCUUCAGCCCUGAACUGCACACGCCAAAGAAGAUGAGUCAAGGACCUACCCUUUUCUCUUGUGGAAUUAUGGAAAAUGACAGAUGGCGAGAGCUGGACAGGAAAUGUCCUCUUCAGAUUGACCAGCCGAGCACCAGCAUCUGGGAAUGCCUGCCUGAAAAGUGUCAGGACAGCUCCCUGUGGCACCGGGAGGCAGUGACUGCUUGUGCAGUGACCAGCCUGAUCAAAGACCUCAGCAUCAGCGACCACAAUGGGAAUCCCUCGGCACCCCCCAGCAAGCGCCAGUGCCGGUCACUGUCCUUCUCCGAUGAGAUGUCCAGCUGCCGGACGUCUUGGCGGCCCUUGGGGUCCAAAGUCUGGACUCCUGUGGAGAAGAGACGGUGCUACAGCGGGGGCAGCGUCCAGCGCUACUCCAGUGGUGCCAGCACCAUGCAGAGGAGCUCCAGCUUCAGCCUCCCUGCCCGGGCCAACGGGCUCUCCUCGCCGUGCCACCAGGCUGGGCUGCACCGCUUUGGGGGACCGUCCUGCCAAGGGCCACUGGGCUCAGCCCCCUGUGGCCAGGGGGGUGACAACUGGAUCCCGGAACCGCACCCUGUGGGAGGGGGCCGGCUGGACCUGCAGCGGUCCCUCUCCUGCACGCACGAGCAGUUUUCCUUCGCAGAAUACUGUCCACCCUCAGCCAACAGCACACCUGCCUCAACGCCGGAGCCUGCGAGACGCUCCAGUGGGCUCGCCCGUAGCCGUUCCCAGCCAUGUGUCCUUAAUGAUAAGAAGGUCGGCGUGAAACGGCGGCGCCCCGACGAAGUCCAGGAGCAGAGGCCUUCCCUAGACCUUGCCAAGAUGGCACAGAACUGUCAGACCUUCAGCAGCCUCAGCUGUCUGAGCGCCGGCAUGGAGGACUGCACUCCCCAGAGUCCCUUCACCCUGGUCAGCAGUACCCGCUCCUGGACCGCCUUGCUCUCGGCCUCCAGCCCGGGGGGCAGGACCCCCGCCGGGACCCCUGUUCCUGAGCCUCUCCCCUCCUCCUUCGAUGACCACCUCGUCUGCCAGGAGGACCUGUCCUGCGAGGAGUCGGAUGAGGAGUGCCGGAGGGGGGAGCCGGUCACGGCCUGGCGGGACCAUCGGGCCACCGGGAACAGCCUGUACUCCCUGGACGGCGAGCUGGACAUUGAGCAGAUAGAAAACAACUGAGGGGCCCUGGGCCUCACCCAGGGUGGGGGGUGCCAAAUCCCUGGGCCCGAAGAAAGCUUUCCAAGGGGUGUCAGGUUCCCCUGGAGGAAGCCCACCCCCCGCAGGGUGAGGCCGCUGCCCUGUGGUGCCCUGGCUCCACGGGGGCGCGCUCGCUCGCUCGCUCGCUUGGCCAGCUUGCGGUGGGAUGCUCAGCUUCCACCCACCAUCAAGCAUACUGGCCAACAGGUCCCUGGAACUACUGUAGCCCAAGAGCUGCUUUGGUUUGGUCCUUUCUGCCCGUUCCUUGUGGGGGUGGGCAGCCAUCCUGGCAGGGUGGGGCCCACGCCGCGUCCCUUGGGUGGGACGUCGGGGGCUGCGCUCAGGGCCAGGGCCUCCGUGGCCUCGCUCAGGUUCACUCCGGGGAGCUGCCCGCCGCGUCCUUUCACUCUGUUUAUUCUGUGCCUUCUCUCCCAGGUCUUCUCGCUCCAGGCUUGGGAAGGUUCAGGAGACGUCUCCUGUAGUGACACCAGAACCGUGUGGCCUUAAUCCACAUGCGGGCCCUGGCAGGGCCCCCAGGGGGGCAGGGGACAGCGGGGUGCUUGUCCGAGGCUGUCCACACUGGGAAGAACUAGGUGGAUCUGCCUAAUUCUGCUGGCUGAAAAGGCAGACCCAACAGGAAGAGCCUCCCCCAGCUGCCGCUUGGGGGGCUGCCCUCUCCCGAGUGAUGAGCGUGGAGGAGUCAGCUGAGUCUAGAGAUGUCAUGACAAAAGAGCGACCUCUUAAAAUUGGUGUCCUCAGGAGACGACAAGCAGGUGCACGCCCCUAGUCCCUGUGUGCAUGUCCGGCCGGCUGUCUGCUCCGCAGGGGCCUAGGAUGGGCCCAGAGAGCCUCUCUGUAAUGCCCGCACACUCUUGUCUGCUCAUGGCACCCCUCCCCUCCAGAGUCUCACUCUCUGACUGCAGGGGAGUCCUAGACCUCAGCACUGCUGCUCGAGUCCCUCCUGCCCUCCUCACUCCAGCACAGGGUGCCGAGUGCUCACUCUGCAGGUGCAGCACAGGGAUCUGGGUUCUAGGAGUCAAGCUGUAGCACCUUCCUAGACAAUAGCAAGUGGGCUGGCUUGUGAGCAAGUGGCUAAAAAUAGCUGCGUGCUCUCCUGAGCUCGCGGGCCGAUGAGCUAGACACGUGCAGUCCCCGCGCUUGCACUGGUCUGGGACGAGCCUCGUCUCCGCAGGUCAGCCCUCUCCGGGCUUCACCUGUCUCCUAAAGGAAGAUCUCAGUUGGCAAACUGCUUAAGCCUUCGUUGUUCCUCCACGAAAGGCAGCAGGGACUCCAGCUGUAGCGUGAGGGCAGCCCGAGCAGGGCACACGGGGACCGGGCCUGGCACAGGACGGGCCCUGCCGCGGAGGAGCCAGCUCGCUGCAGGGUGCUGUGGACAGCUGGCAUCGAGGUAGCACCGAGCCCCUGCUUGGGGGGGCGGGUGGCAGAGGCGGUCUAUCCUCAGAACGACGUGGGAAGAGGAGAAGGGGUGUUGAGAGGAUGUGCAGAGCAUAUGACCGUGCCCCACGUUCCCAGAAAGCCCUAAACAGGCAUUUCCUGCGGAAGGUACAGAAGGCAGGGCCCGUCUCCUAGUCCACUCCACGAGGCCGGCCAGGCCACAGUGUCGAGCAGCAGCUCCUUAGGACCAGACAAGAGGCACCUGAGUGACCUCUCCUCAGACUCUGUCCAUCCCUGCGGCGCACUGCCAGCCCGAGGCUUGCUUACUCCUGCCUCCCCCAGCAAACCAGCCCCAUGGCCGGCAGGCCAGCCCCAGGGCACUUACCGAGAGAGGUGACCCAGGCCCAGAGCGGGACACGACCUGUCCCACCUCGCCCAGCCUGCUGCAGCAGUUGUCAGGAGACAGCAGGGGGCUCUUCUGCUUGGAGAGACAAAUGGCCUCUAAUAAAAGUUGUGGUUCUUUCGAUUGGCUAGAGACCCCAUCUAGAGGAUGCCCACCAUUGCCCCAGCCGUGCCACCAGAGAGGCCUGUCUGCCUGCGCUGCUCCACUGUGAAAGGAGGUUCACCCAGGAGCGGCAGGCAGGCUCGCAGGCUCGCUCCCUCCCUCUCUCCCUCCCUCCCACAACCAGCAUGGUGGCCUCAGCCAGUAGAAGCUGAGGAGCUCCUCACAGCCUGGGGAAGAAGGGACUCCUGUCCCGUGGCUUCCCCUCCCAUCCAAAGGCCCUGGGCUGACAGGAGCUGAUGUCUGCUGGGCGCCCAGCAGCACCGUUUACAUGACCCACACCCUCUUGCCUUACUCAGGCCGUGGAGGCUGGAGCCCGGAGCCCCAGGGAGGCGGGCCCGCGAGGCCCCGGAGCUUGCCAUGACCGCUGCGUACACGUUUUCACGUUCAGAAAGCCUUACAGCAAAAUGUUUGUAACAGGAACGUCUUUUUUUAAUUUGUAUGUUGAAAGAAAAUGUUAGGAAAGGAAACGUCUUCAUUAAAAAGGGAAACGAUCUCCAAUUUCCAGAUGGGUCUCCCAGGGGGAGGGGGAGAUUUUCCUUGGCAUCGCCAAGGCACUUUCCGGGGCCCGGCCUGCCUGAGCGAGCUCCCAGUGGCUAGAAGGCACCCCUGGAUCCUGCACCCAGCUUCCACCAAGGAUAAAGGCACAGGUACUCUGGGGCCACGGAGGUGGUCACCCAAAGGCGUUAGCCCCCUGGGACAGAGCACCGGCUUGGUGCCAGGGCUCAGAGGGUCGUGCCCAGGUGUGCGCAGUGACGCGGUGCCGAGACACCCCUUCACUGCCAGUUCAGCCCUUCCCGCUGCCUCGGUCCCCGAAAGCCAUGCCCAGAGAAGAGGAAGGUGUCUUCAAGUGGCAGAAGUGGAGCUCUUAUAGCCUAGGUAGAUAGUCUGACCUCUAGCGUAGUCUCGGCAUGUGUGGUCAGCAUGCAGGGGUGUGGGCCAUGUCUGGGCUGGGCAGCGGUGCACCGGCUGUACAGGGUUGUGCAUCCCGCCCUCACCGGGCACUGUGGAGACUGCUGAGCUGCAGAAAUCAUGGCGCCAGGGCCGGCUGGCCCCAGGUCCCCGCUGUAGCAAAGCAGUCUGCACAACGGGGCGCUAGAUGUGCCCCCCCCCCCGCCGCCCCACCUCCCUGCAGACCAGGACUGUCUUGCACUAGAGCCCCUCUAGUCUCAGGAAUUUGCUUGUUACUUUUACUGUGUAAAUAAAGCUUCCUGGUUCAAUGCC